AUGGCAAUGGCUGCAGGUCCAGCCAAUGGUGAUUCAGAGAGUGGUCUUCAGAGGAACUAUCAGGUUGUUGUGGCUGCCACUCAGGACAUGGGCAUCGGGAAGGAUGGGGUUUUGCCAUGGAAACUUGCUGGCGAUCUUAAAUUCUUCAAACAGCUUACACUAACUACAUCUGACCCUGCCAAGAAGAAUGCAGUUAUAAUGGGAAGGAAAACAUGGGAGAGCAUUCCAGUUAAGUCAAGGCCGUUGCCCGGUCGUUUGAACGUCAUACUUACUCGAUCUGGUAGUUUUGAUUUUGCAACAGCAGAGAAUGUUGUUAUCUGUGGAAGUAUGAAGUCUGCCUUAGAACUGCUAGCAUCAACUCCAUAUUGCUUAUCGAUUGAGAAAGUUUUUGUCAUAGGAGGUGGGCAGGUACUGAGGGAAAAUCUUAAUGGACCUGCAUGUGAGGCCAUCCAUCUAACUGACAUUCAGUCGAGCAUCGAGUGUGACACUUUCAUCCCUCCAGUUGACUUCUCGGUGUUUCAGCCAUGGUAUUCAUCUUUCCCUGUGGUAGAGAACGACAUCAGGCAUUCUUUUGUGACUUUUGUUCGUGUUAGAAAAUCGGUGGUAGAAACCCAUGACUCAAAUGGCAAGGAAUCAAAUGAGGUUAAUACCAAGAAUGACAAGUUUGAAACAGAGAAUUUCUCUUUUCUCCCCAAGAUGAUAUUUGACUGCCAUGAGGAGUAUCAUUAUCUCAAUCUUGUUGAAGACAUUAUAAGGUAUGGUGCUCAGAAAAAUGACAGGACAGGAACUGGAACAUUGUCAAAAUUUGGGUGUCAGAUGCGGUUCAACUUAAGGAAAAAUUUCCCAUUGCUGACAACAAAGAGGGUAUUUUGGCGUGGUGUUGUCGAAGAACUCCUGUGGUUCAUCAGUGGCUCAACGAAUUCAAAGGUUUUGCAGGAGAAAGGUAUUCAUAUCUGGGAUGGCAAUGCUUCAAGAGAGUAUCUUGACAGAUACACGGACAUGCAUGCUAACUAUACUGGAAAAGGUUUUGAUCAGCUAAUGGAUGUUAUUGACAAGAUCAAGAACAAUCCUGAUGAUCGCCGAAUAAUUUUGUCGGUGUGGAAUCCUUCAGAUCUUAAGAAAAUGGCUCUUCCUCCUUGCCACAUGUUUGCACAAUUUUAUGUGGACAAUGGGGAGCUAUCCUGCCAGAUGUAUCAACGCUCUGCAGACAUGGGGCUUGGUGUUCCAUUCAACAUUGCAUCAUAUUCUCUUCUCACAUGCAUGAUUGCUCAAGUUUGUGAUCUUUCUCCUGGAGAUUUUGUCCAUGUCAUAGGGGAUGCUCAUGUCUAUAGAACUCAUGUUCGAGCUCUAGAGGAGCAAAUUCAGAAGAUGCCUAAACCAUUUCCAAUUUUAAAGAUGAAUCCUUCAAAGAAGGAUAUAGAUUCUUUCAUGGCAUCAGACUUCAAGCUAGUUGGCUAUGAUCCUCACCAGAAGAUAGAGAUGAAAAUGGCAGUAUAA